AUGGCAUUAAGAGUACCAAAGAGUAGCUACCCACAACUUUUUAAAGAGGGCUAUAAGAUUCAACAAGGAGUCGACGAGGCCGUUCUGCGGAACAUACAAGCGACACAUGAGCUAUCUGAAAUUGUUCGAACGUCUUAUGGUCCCAACGGUCGUAACAAGAUGGUAAUUAACCACCUUGAGAAGCUGUUUGUUACCAAUGAUGCUGCUACAAUUAUUCGUGAGCUGGAAGUUGUACAUCCGGCUGCUAAACUUUUGGUUAUGGCAAGCCAACAACAAGAACAGGAGGUUGGCGAUGCGACAAACUUUGUUAUCGUGUUUGCCGGAGAACUUCUUCAAAAGGCUGAAAAUCUAUUAAGAAUGGGACUCCAUCCAAGUGAAAUUGUGCAAGGUUAUGAAUUAGCCAGGGACAAGGCACUUGAAAUCUUAGAAGAACUUUCGGUGGAGACGGUCAAAGAUCCAAGAUCACCCGCUGAACUAUCGAAAGCCAUAAAUACAGCUAUCGCGGCAAAACAAUAUGGCUACGAAGACAUCUUGACUGAUUUAGUGAUUGAAGCUGCACUAUCAAUAAUGCCCAAGAAUGCCAGUGUAUUUAACGUGGACAAUAUUCGAGUAGUUAAAAUUAUGGGUAGUAGCAUUCAUGAGAGUAAAGUGGUCAAGGGUAUGGUAUUUGGUCGUGAACCGGAAGGUGUUGUGCGUAAAGCUCAAAAAGCCAAGAUUGCUAUUUAUACGUGUCCAUUGGACGCGGCUCAAACUGAAACUAAAGGCACUGUUCUGAUUCAUAAUGCUCAAGAAAUGUUAAAUUUCACAAAAGGUGAAGAGAAGCAUAUAGAAAAGAUAUAUAAAGAAAUUGCAGAUGCUGGAGUAAAAGUUGUAGUUUCUGGUUCUGCAAUCGGCGAACUUUCUCAGCAUUAUCUUAAUCGAUUUGGUAUAAUGGCGGUUAAAGUCCUCUCUAAAUUUGAUUUGCGUCGAUUGUGUCGUGUUACUGGGGCUUCGGCUCUAGCACGAUUAGGUGCUCCAACCCCUGAAGAAAUGGGACAUUGUGAUAUUGUGGAAACAGUUGAGAUUGGUGGUGAUCGAGUCACAGUUUUCCGACAAGAGGACGAAUCGUCUAAAACUGCCACAAUUGUGGUGCGAGGAGCAACGCAAAACCAUUUGGAUGAUAUUGAACGUGCUAUCGAUGACGGUGUCAAUACUGUUAAAGCUGUUUUGCGAGAUAAUCGGUUGGUUCCAGGUGCUGGUGCUGCAGAAAUGGAGUUAGUAAAACGAUUAUUAUCUUUUGGCGAGAAAACUCCAGGACUUAAUCAGCACUCUAUAAAAAAAUUCGCCGAAUCAUUAGAAGUAAUUCCACGUACACUUGCCGAAGGAGCUGGAUUAGAUGCUACCGAGAUUCUCUCAAAACUUUACGCGGCUCAUCAUCAAAGCGACCAAAACAAUGUUGGUGUUGAUGUGGAGAAUGAAAAAGAUGGAACAAUUGAUGCUGCUAACGCCGGUAUUUUUGAUCUGCUUGUUGCCAAAUCUUGGGCGCUUAGAUAUGCUACAGAGGCUGCUUUAACAGUAUUGCGAGUUGAUCAGAUUAUCAUGAGCAAACCAGCUGGAGGUCCAAAACCGCCAAAAGGAAACCCCGAUUGGGACGAAGAUUAG